AUGUGCACUUCCAAGGAAUCUUCACCAUAUACCCCAUACGUUACACCGGUGGAAUUACAUAGGUUUUCGGAUAUCGAUUUCGCAAGCAUGGACAAGGAUGGGUGUUAUGCGUUCAUCGAAAUGUUCACUGGGGAAAAGUUGAUCGCAUACGAAUGUGGUGUUAUACUCCCUAUGUAUGUAGAGCAUUUUGGGAAUAGUAACAACCAGGAAUGGUUGGAUAAACACAAAGACAAGGUUGUUGGUAACAUAGAGGAAGAGGUACUUGUUGGUUCAGGAUAG